UCUCUGAGCGCGGCCCCUCCCCCCUGCGCCCCCGCCUGCGCUGCGGUGCCCGGGUCCCCGCGUGGCCCUGUCAGUCUGUCCGUCCGUCCGUCCGCGCCCAGGCCUCGCCCCACCCCGGCCCUGGGGCUGCCUGGCUGCUCCCCUACCCUCCGCAGCGGACCCCGUCCUUCUGGGCUAGUCUCCUUCCGAAGGCCGGGAAGCCAGGUGCGCCACUGCCACCCCGGACCCUUGGCCCACACCCCGGCAUCAGGGGCUUGCACCCGGCGAUUGGAUCUAGAGAACCUGACACCCGAGCGUGGGACCACGAUCUAGGACCAGCACCCCGAGAUCCUGCCUUGGAAUCCUAAGACCUGGACCUUGAACAUCAAUAUCUGAGGCUGGAAUUCUGACAUCCGUUCCUGGGACCCCAAGAUUUGGAAACCGAAUCUCACGAUUUUGGAGCAUGGACCCCAAGAUUUGGAGCUGGGACCCCCCAAGAUUUUCUAUCUAAAGCCCCAAAUUUGGAGCUGAACUCUGAAUUGUCUGACUGAUACCUUGAGAUCUGGAAGCAAAUGCCCAAUUCUAUACCCUGGACCCCACUAAUUGGGAGCUAAGCCCUGGAAUUUAGGCCUCCAAUUCCCAGAUCUGAACCCUGGGAUUUCAAGGGGCCUGAACCCGACUUUGGGCCUGAGGUCCUUGGUGUAUACCUGAAUGCUGAAAUCUGGGGUUAGAGACCUCCAAAUCUUGACUCGGCACCCUAGUAUCGGAACAGGAUCCUAAUACUGGAUUCCAGGACUGGACUUGGGACUCAGACUUUAAACUUCCCCAUUAGGCUUUUUAGCAUCUCAAGACUGGUGCUGGAAGAGAUUGAUACUAAACAACCCCUGGGACCUUUGUCUUUAAAACCGGACCUAGAGACCAAAAUUUAGUGGUAUGGGACCAGGAGCAUCAAGGUUUGCAGAUUCUAUAACUACAGAUUUGACCUGAGACAGGACAGUCCCUCUCUGUACAAGCCUUUGUGACAGGGAAGGCAUGACCAGAUGCCCCCUCCAGAGUCCUGACCUCUGACCCCCUUGGAGCCUGAGGACUCUGCUCCCUGGGUGGUUUCCAGCUCAGGCCAACCCUGCCCGCAAUGGCCGUCCUCCCAUUGCUUCUUUGCCUGCUACCGCUGGCCCCUGCCUCGUCUCCACCCCAGCCAGCCACAUCCAGCCCCUGUCCCCGCCGCUGCCGCUGCCAGACCCAGUCACUCCCCCUAAGUGUGCUGUGCCCAGGGGCGGGCCUCCUGUUUGUGCCACCCUCACUGGAUCGCCGGGCUGCUGAGCUGCGCCUGGCAGACAACUUCAUUGCGGCUGUGCGUCGUCGUGACCUGGCCAACAUGACGGGCCUGCUGCACCUGAGCCUGUCUCGGAACACCAUCCGCCACGUGGCAGCUGGCGCCUUCGCCGACCUCCGUGCCCUGCGCGCCCUGCACCUAGAUGGCAACAGGCUGACCUCGCUGGGCGAGGGUCAGCUGCGUGGCCUGGUCAACCUGCGCCACCUUAUCCUGAGCAACAACCAGCUGGCAGCCCUAGCAGCUGGUGCCCUGGAUGACUGUGCAGAGACCUUGGAGGACCUGGACCUCUCCUACAACAACCUUGAGCAGCUGCCUUGGGAGGCUUUGGGUCGCCUGGGCAAUGUCAACACUUUAGGACUUGACCACAACUUGUUGGCUUCAGUGCCUGCUGGCGCCUUUUCCCGCCUGCACAAGUUGGCACGGCUGGACAUGACCUCCAACCGUCUGACCACCAUCCCUCCCGACCCACUCUUUUCACGUCUGCCACUGCUGGCUCGGCCCCGGGGUUCACCGGCCUCUGCGCUGGUGCUGGCUUUUGGGGGAAACCCACUGCAUUGCAACUGUGAGCUGGUGUGGCUACGACGCCUGGCUCGAGAAGAUGACCUCGAGGCCUGUGCUUCGCCCCCUGCUCUAGGAGGCCGCUACUUCUGGGCUGUGGGUGAGGAGGAGUUCGUGUGUGAACCACCAGUGGUAACCCACCGUUCACCACCCCUGGCAGUGCCUGCCGGUCGGCCAGCUGCCCUGCGCUGCCGGGCAGUAGGGGACCCAGAGCCCCGAGUGCGUUGGGUGUCACCUCAGGGCCGACUGCUGGGCAACUCGAGCCGUGCUCGUGCCUUUCCUAAUGGGACAUUGGAGCUGUUGGUCACCGAGCCAGGAGAUGGCGGAAUCUUUACUUGCAUUGCAGCCAAUGCUGCUGGUGAGGCCACGGCUGCUGUUGAGCUGACCGUGGGUCCCCCUCCACCCCCCCAGCUAGCCAAUAGCACCAGCUGUGACCCCCCGCGGGACGGGGAUCCUGAUGCCCUCACUCCGCCCUCCGCUGCCUCAUCCUCCGCCAAAGUGGCCGACACCGUGGCCCCUACUGAUCGUGGCAUCCAAGUGACUGAACAUGGAGCCACAGCUGCUCUUAUCCAGUGGCCAGAUCAGCGGCCUAUCCCAGGCAUCCGCAUGUACCAGAUCCAGUACAACAGCUCAGCAGACGACAUCCUUGUCUACAGGAUGAUUCCAGCGGACAGUCGCUCGUUCCUGUUGACUGACCUGGCAUCAGGCCGUACCUAUGAUCUGUGUUUGCUUGCCGUCUACGAGGACAGUGCCACUGGGCUGACAGCCACACGGCCUGUAGGCUGCUCCCGCUUCUCCACAGAGCCCGCACUGCGACCAUGUGCUGCGCCCCAUGCACCCUUCCUGGGUGGUACCAUGAUCAUCGCCCUGGGAGGCGUCAUCGUGGCCUCGGUACUGGUCUUCAUCUUCGUGCUGCUUUUGCGCUACAAGGUGCACGGCGGCCAGCCACCAGGCAAGGCCAAAGCCACUGCACCUGUCAGCAGCGUUUGCUCCCAGACCAAUGGCGCCCUAGGCCCAGCACCCACAGCACCUGCCCCUGAACCUGCUGUAUCCAGGGCCCAUACCGUGGUCCAAUUGGACUGUGAGCCCUGGGGGCCCAGCCAUGAACCUGCGGGACCCUAGUUGGGUGGACAUCCACCUCUAUGGCACCUCUGGCCCUAAGGACAGCAGGAUCUGGACACCCAACGGGACCUGGCCUCAGACUCACCAAAUUGCUCACGGUUUUUAAAACUCUGAUGGGGAGGGUGUCAGGGGCACUGGGGCACAACAAGAAAGUCCUAUUUUUCUAAGCUUG